UGCAGGACGAGAGAAGAGGAGGGUGGGCAAGAUGGCGGGUACUGCGGCUGGUGUGGGCCGGCUAGAGGAAGAGGCGUUGCGGCGAAAGGAACGGCUGAAAGCCCUACGGGAAAAAACCGGGCGCAAGGACAAGGAAGACGGGGAGCCCAAGACCAAGCAGCUCAGAGAAGGGGACGAGGAAGGCGAGAAGCACAGGGAGCUCAGGCUGCGGAACUACGUCCCCGAGGAUGAGGACCUGAAGAGGAGGAGGGUGCCCCAGGCCAAGCCAGUUGCCGUGGAAGAGAAGGUGAAGGAGCAGCUGGAGGCUGCCAAGCCCGAGCCCAUCAUCGAGGAAGUGGACCUGGCCAACCUCGCGCCCCGGAAGCCUGACUGGGACCUCAAGAGAGACGUAGCCAAGAAGCUGGAGAAGCUAGAAAAGCGGACCCAGAGGGCCAUCGCCGAGUUGAUCCGUGAGAGGCUGAAAGGCCAGGAGGACAGCCUGGCCUCUGCAGUGGACGCCACCACCGAGCAAGAGGCCUGUGACUCCGACUGAGGCACGCCGUAUCCCAGGCCUGGCCUGUGGGCGGGUAGCCUUGGGUAGGGAUGGGGGUCGGGCUUGCUGUUACCUCCAGUUUGGCUUCAAAGAGCCACAUUGCCUCAUCAGUCCAAAACCCUUGCCAUGGGGUGAGAUCAGCUUCUUGUUUCCUAAUGGUGCCCACCAGACCGAGGGGCAGAGCCAAUAGCAACCCUGUGGGUUUGCUAUGUCUCUACAUAUGUGUGUAUUUGGAACUUCCUUUUAUCUCUAGAAAUAGAAGCAAGCAGACCCACGUGUGUGGCAGAAACCUAUUAAAUAUUUUCUCGGUCCUUGGGGCGCUGUGGGUUUGGGCCCCAAGGCAGGAGUAAGCCCUGUGUGGGGCCAGGCAUGUUGAGGCUGGAGGGGUGCAGAAGGCCCAGGCCUGACCUUUUGAGGCCAGGUCCUGGUCCAGUUAGGCGGUCAUGUCAAAACCUGUGGGUGACAGAGAGUCUGGGAGGCUUCUGCAAGCCCUCCCACGGGCCCGGACCUUGCAGGAGUGUCCGGUCAGCCUGGAGAGUCUCCCAGCCUGGUCCUCUGUGGAUCCCCUCACAAUGUGAGAGAGAGAAGGGAGAGGCUGGGCGUGAGGAGGGGGUGAGCUGUGCCCUGGCAAGCCUCCAUCCCGGGCCACUCCAGAUCCAAGGCUCCUGGCACUGUUGUGUCCCCCUCUCACAACCCCCGGUGGCCCCUGUCCCUACGUCACAGUCAGAGCUAGACCGUGGCUUCCCUGGGACAGGGCCCCUGCAUUGGGGAGGGUGGCUCCUAUAGACUAGGGUAUUAUAGCCUGGGUUUGGGGUGUGGUCUUGGGCCCUGGGUCCCCAGGGUCCUGGCAUUAGGACCAUGAGCCGCCUCUGUGGGGCUGACUCUCCAGAGUGACUGACCGGCCACAGCUCUGACUCCAGGUCCCUGUGGCCGACUAGAAUUUCAUCUCCAAAGUGGUAACGCACUUGAGUUGCCUUCAGGGUCUCGCCUCGAGUCUCCCCCCCCCCCCCCCCCCCCCGUGUCAUCCCAGUGCGCCCUUCCCUCUGUGCUGAGUUGGAGGAACACAUUGGCCUGACUCUGGUGGACGGUGCGGAGGACCCGGGCCAGAGGGCUGGGGCGAGUACGUGCGACACCAGCACGCUCAUACGAUACAGCAAGUGCUUUCAGCUGGAAGUACGCAGCUACCCUGAGAAGGUGACUGGUGUAGGAAGGGAGCAGGCGUGACUGGGGGCCGAAGCGGUAGGUGGCUGGCUGAGCAGCGGUCAGGCCCAGGACUCUGGUUCCCACGGGAGCAGGGGUCACACAUGCCCACGGGCGACAAGGCUGGAGCCAGACUCCCUCUGCAUCGCGGCGUCUGGGACUGGCCUUCCCUUCCUGGGAAUAAAGGACGAGAAGGGGCCCCCCGCCUUGGGACUGCCGUAGGAAGCAGGGUGCUUGUCCGUGGCAGUGUAGGCCCCCGGCGACAUUCCUACUCCUCACCAGCGCUGGGACUAGCUUGUGGCCGGCCCCACAGAAUGGGAGCCCCGAGAGCUGAGGAAAGGUUUGCUUCCUGCGUUGACAGCUCCGUGUGCCUACAGAAAACCACCGUGCAGGGAGAGAGCAAAACCAACAGCGUCACUCACGAUGGGCAUGCAAACAAAAGUUAGAAAAUACGUGAGGAGAUCCAUGCCUUGAAGAAGGGCUACCACCCCACCAGGUGGAAGAGUUGAAAGCCAAGGAAACUGAAACCAUGACAUCCUACCAGGCUUUAAAAUGAGACUUUGUUUUCUCACCAGAGAAGUAAAAGAGGCACUGAACCCCAAAACUCAGGAACGGGGAUUAGGUAUGAGGAAGACCUGGUUAGUAAUCUUGGAAACAAUGUUUAUUAAAAUAAGCAACACACACAGAACAUAAGCAGCUCCCUUGAGGAGCUAAAUACUAAGUGUCAAAGAAGGGAUUGAUCAAUUGGAAGUUAAAGCUGAAGCCCCAAAAGACGACAGAGAGAGAGGGUAGGUUGCAAAGGUGACAGACUGCCAGGUGUCCUUCAGCGGAUGGGAGAUCAGGAAAAGAAAACUGGAGAAAGAAGGAAUGGCUGACCACUUCUGUCUGUGGUAUCAUGGGACCACAGCAGCCUGAACUGAUCCUCCCUUGGCAAAUAGCUAAAAAUACUAGGUAAAUAAAUAGUUACAACAAAUACUUUUUAAAUGCCUCACUGACCAGGCAAGAAAGUAAAGAACACUCAAGCAAAAAGGUAGGAGAAGCAGAAUGCUGAAGCCUGACCUUUGACUUGAAGGUAUUUGACAAACGAGGUAAUACUGAGCGUUGGUUUUUGGGGUCCUUGGUGCCUGGGGCUAAGAUAACCCAGUACCCGUGCGUGAUGAGGGGCCUGGUACGAGAGCCCUCCAGAAGGCUGGGGCUGCAAAGGUCAGGGCCCUCUGUGAACUAAUAAUAGAGCUGCUCCCUUGGCAUCGCAGAGAAAAACUGAACCUUGCCACUGACUGGAGUGAAGGAAGGUCUCCCUUGAGAACUGAGCCGGCCUCCAUAUGGGUUUGCACAUGAGAAACCUCAAGCCAGGAGUAUAAGUGGUCCCAGAAAGGGGUGGUCUCAGAUGCUUGAUAGAAAUGCAGAUCCUAGGGGUGCCUGGGUGGCUCAGUUGGUUAAGCGACUGCCUUCAGCUCAGGUCAUGAUCCCCGGGUCCUGGGAUCAAGCCCCACAUCGGGCUCCCUGCUCAGCGGGCAACCUGCUUCUUCCUCUGCCUCUGCCCCUCCCCCUGCGUGUGCUCUCCUGCUCUCUCUCUGUCAAAUAAAGAAAAUCUUAAAAAAAAAAAAAAUGCAGAUCCUACCUGAAUGAACCUCGAUUCAUCACGGUCCUCGAUGAAGCCCCAUUGAUAAAGUUCCAAGAAAAGUGAGCAGCUUCUGGGAAAGGUCACUAGAUCUACGAGGCAGCAAGGCACCGAGAGCAAAGGACAUUGGCAGGGACAUGGUAGGCUUGCAAAGGAUUCAUACAUUAGGAUUACCAGGCACAUGAUUUAAAUGUUGAAAAAUGAUGUAAGAACUAAAAGGCUUGAAAAUAGGAAUCGAUUUGCCAAAAAAACCAAAGUGAUGUUCUGGAAAUAAAAACUAUCACAGCAGUUAGAGGCCCUGGAUCUGUGAAUUAGAGCUAAAGAAACAGUUCAUGAAUGGGAAGCUAGGCCCGAAGAGGUUCUCCAGAAUGCCGCCCAGCAAGGUAAACAGACCGAUAACCUAAAAGAAGAAGCUUAGAGAUACAGAGGAUAGAGUGAGAAGAGCCAACAUAACAUGAUUGGAGUUCCAGGAGGGAAAAAAGGCAGAAAUGAAGCGGACCUAAUAUAUGUAUAUUUUUUUAAUGGUUGGGAGCAACUCUUCAGAAUCACCAAUCCACAGAUGCAAGGAGGUCAGCAAAUCUCAAGCAAGGCAACAAAAAGAAAUCAACACUCAGAUGUUCCAUCUCUUGGUAUGGAUGGUGAUUAGUUAGGUAUAUGCAGUUUUUGACUGUUCAUUGACCCCCACACAUCUGACUUGUGCACUUUUUGUAUGUUUAUUACACCUCAAUAAGCAAGUUCACUUUAAACUUUUUCAUAUCUUGCCUUAAUCGUCAAUUACUGUAUUCACAUUCCAUACAAAACUCAGUGGCUUGAAACAGACCUUUAAUAUCAGACUGUUUUCUGUGAGUCAGGGAUGCAGGCGUGGCUUACCCAGGCAGUUCUAGUUUGGGGUCUCUGAGAUUGCAGUUAAGAUGUCCCCCAGGGCUGCAGUCAUCUGAAGGCUUGGCUGGGGCUGGAAGAUAUGCUUCUGGGAUGCCUUACACCCCCGGGAAGGCUCAUGGAAGCAUGGCGUGUGCACAGUCCUUGCCACAUGGCUCUCUCCAUAAGGCUUGCGUGAGUGUGUGUCUGUGCACUGUGGCAACUGGCUUUCCCCAGAAUGAGCCAUCCAAGACAGAAAGCAGGGGGAAGCUUUAGAGACUUACGACCCGGGCUUGGAAGUGAUAUUCUGCCACGUUAUAUUGUUAGAAGCAAGUCACAACAUCCAGGCUACGUUCAAAGGAGAAUUAGGUUCUACCUCUGGAAGGGAGGUCUAAGAAUUUGUGGGUGUUAUUUUAAAACCACCGCAUACCUAGACAAUUAAGUGCAAUAAGUUGGCAGAAAAAAGAGCAAGAAAAGAUGUUAAAAUUAGAAAAGAUACAUUACCUUUUAAGGAGCAAGACAGCAGAUGUCUCAGCCACAGCCAGUGUUAUCGGGCACGAUCCCUUCUGGUACCAGCGUUAACUAGACGAGAGGAAAUUGUCAACUUAAAAUUCUAUACCCAGAGAAUAUAUCUUACAAGAUAUUUUUAGACAAGCAAACUCAGAGAUUUUGUCACCAGCAGACUCACAUGAAAAGAAAGUCUCUUUGGGGAUAAUGAAAAUAUUCUACAGUGGAUUGUGGUGGUGGUUGCACAAAUCUAUGAAUAUGCCAAAAGCUUGUUGAAUUGUACACUUGCGGUGGGCAAAGUGUAUGAGAUGUAUGUUAUAUCUCAAUAAAGCUGUUUAAAAAACAUGAAAUAAGCCUUCUCCUUUAAAAAAAGAAAAAGCUCUAUGUCUUAAGAUUGGAAUGAGACAUGAUUCCAGAUGGAGAAUCUGAGAUAUAAGUAGGAAUGAAGAGAAAGAAAGUGAAAUCUAAAUAGGUAUUGACCUUAUGAAAUGAAAAUGUUCUAUGGAGUAGAAGUAAGACUAGGGUUACUAAAGUAUGUAACAAUAGUAGUAGUUACACGUUCUUGCCCCAGGUGAGACGUGGUCAGGAUUAUAGCCCCCUACGAAGCUCAGCUCACUCGGGAAGAGAGAAAAGACUCAGUCUAGACUCUAGACUCUGCUCCACAGGCAGGCGGACAUUUCUAGGGUAGCCCUAACAGAAUAGAAACAGUGUACCACUUCCAAAGCAGUUAAAAAAAAUAAAGUGAAUGAAAAAAAAAUUACCCAA